UCUUCUUUCCACCACACUGCUCGUUUAGUUCUGCUGUUUAUGACGAUGACGGCCUGCCAAGAGGCACACGGACUUUAGGAUGAACGUUGUGACGUGUCUCUCUCUUCUGCUGAGCUGCUGGACUCUCAUCGACCUGCAUCCCGUCCUCGGGUCGCUCAGCCGGACCAGACCGACCGAGCAGCACCACCACCACCCCCCACACUCCCACCGGCUCGGAGAGGCAAAAGGGCGCACGGCAGGCGGCGAGGAAAGAGAGCAAGCGCACGGAAGACCCGCGAGCAGGUUACCGGCCACUGCCCCCGGGACGUGGAAACCGUCCCCGGUGAACCCGGCGAGGAUUACGCGCAUCCGCGCGGAGCCUCCGUUAAUCAAAGUCGAGAAGACGGUUAAUAAAAACAAACCCGCUGCGUCCUCCGCGCAAGCGGAUCGGGCACAACAGCUGCUGCAGCCGCGGGACGGAUCGGCCAGCUUAGUGCACGGGGAGGCCGUGCGCUCCUGGCUGCCCGGCGGACACGCUCAAAUCAAAGCGCACGCUCCCGCUGGUUUUAGCGCACAUGGAGCGGGGAAGGGAGUCGUCGCUGCGGCCGCUGGGGUCGCAGGAGCUGUCUCGCCGGGGAAGAAGCUGGGGAAAGGUGCUUCCAGUUCCAGUGCAGCUGCUCCAGUGCGCACGGCGCCUCCCCAGAGAUCCAUCCGUGCGCAGCACGCGGGUCCGGCGGCGCAGCGGGGAGUCAGCGGAAAGGCCCCCAAAGGGAGCGACCGGGAGGCGCCUCAGAGACAGCCGCUGGUCGUUCCUCAUGACUACAUGCUGUCGCUGUACUGGUCUCUGUCCCGCGGGGACAUGAACAGCAGCGCCCUGCACGACGCGGGUCUGGCCAACACCAUCACGAGCUUCGUGGAUAAAGGACAAGACGAGCGAGGGCCUCAGCUCAGGCGGCAGAGGUACCUCUUCAACGUCAGCUCCCUGGAGCGAGACGGGCUCCUGGGGGCCGAGCUGCGCAUCCUGAGGAGGCGCCAGUCUGACCCCCGCAGGGCCUCGUUGGGGGCCCCAUGCCUGAAGCUGUACACCUGCGCUUCGGGUAAGCAGCCGGCCGCUCCUCUGCAGACGAAGACCGCCGAGGAUCUGCUCAACUGGGAAGUGUUCGACGUGUGGAAAGUCUUCAAGGGCCUCAGAAACCUGCAGAGGCAGCGCUCCCAGCAGCUCUGCUUCGAGCUGGAGGCCCUGGAGCAGCGAGGCGGUCGCCCCGUGGAUCUGCGCGCUCUGGGCUUCGCCCGGCCCGGCAGGACCAACAAGGAGAAGGCCUUCUUCCUGGCCUUUGGCAGGAGUGAAAAGCGCGACCUCUUCUACAACGAGAUCAAGGCGCGGUCGGGCCACGACAACAAAACCGUCUACGAGUACCUCUUCACGCAGCGGCGGACUCGGCGGGCUCCCGCGGCGAGGGCGGUGAAGAAAUCGCCGCCGCCUCCACCGCCGCCGCCACAGCACCAGGUGGUGAAGAUGCAGACGAGGCCGCGCUGUCACCGGAGGCGCCUCCACGUGAACUUCAAGGAGAUGGGCUGGGAUGACUGGAUCAUUGCGCCGCUGGAGUACGAGGCCUUCCACUGCGACGGCGUCUGCGACUUCCCCAUCCGCUCGCACCUGGAGCCCACCAACCACGCCAUCAUACAGACCCUGAUGAACUCCAUGGACCCGGAGUCGACGCCGCCCACCUGCUGUGUGCCGACCCGACUCAGCCCGAUCAGCAUCCUCUACAUCGACUCGGCCAACAACGUGGUGUACAAGCAGUACGAGGACAUGGUGGUGGAGUCCUGUGGCUGCAGGUAGCAAAGGAAGGCGCGGCAAGACAUUUCCAGCCCUGUAUACCUCCGAGGGGGGGGGGGAGACGGACAUCACGAAGGCCGACUGUGAAACAGCCGCUGCUCCUCACACUCGAGUGGACCGCAUACCAAAGAGCGGUCGACGACGUUGAAGACUAAACAGAGCGAUGCUCUUUGAGAGCCACUUCAGUGAGAUGCCAAAUAAAACCAGAGGACGCUUCUGGAUCAAAGUUGUGAUCUGAUAUUAUUAUACUCAGAACAGAUUGUAACUGCUUAUGUUUGCACUCAUCAGAUUUAUAUCUGUGUUCUGAUUGGUGUAAAAAGUUUGCGUGUAACAGAAAAUGAUGUUGAAGCGUACUAUAUAUAAAAAAAUAUAUGUAGAUGUAUACUCAAAAAUGCCCUUUCCUCCAGCACUAAUCUGCCAUUGCGCACUGCCAUUAAGAUGCAACAAAGAAGAGUCAUUUGAGUCUUAUCCGAGACUUUUUUUAAGAAGCAUGCGAAGAAUUUUUGAUGUAUAAAUACAAGCCAGUGAUGGAGUGCAAAUCUGACCUGCUCCAAAUGUGGGAAAGUUGCAUAAACUACUAAAAAAUGUGUAAUUGUCUGAACUCCAAACUCCUAUCAGUCGGAACCCUCUGCCCCCCAGACUCCGUAGACUAAACUAUUGAAGGAAUUCACAAGAUGAUCAAAUGCCAAAGCAGAAUUCAACCCGACAGUUACCGUUUGCUUUGAAGGGUUUUGAGGUCACUUUUUCAAACUGCGGUGAGAUGGUGGUGAGUUCUAAGAAGCACUAAGAAGUUAGGUGACGGAUAUCAAGAAAGGGUAAUAAAAGCAGCUUUUCCGCUCUUAAAUCCCGCUUGUUGAAUCAAAAACAUUCCAAGUCGCGUAGGCUUGAUGUUCUUGUUUUGUUUUGAAUACCAGUGAACGUGCUAUUCUUAAAAAUAAACAAAAAAUACAUUUUAAAAGCAGCAAUCAAGCACUAGGAAUGCGAUCACAAGGAUCCCGUGGAGCAAAGGCACGCAAAACAUAAACUUUCAAUUCAUAAUAUGUAAAAACAGAACCAAGAGAAACCAAAUGUAAUUUCUCAACAUCGUCAGUAAACAAGUCUUCUGCUGAAUCUCAAGGGUAUCGAGUCACUUACGUCUCCACAUCUGCAUCGGCUUUCUGAGACCCAACAAUUCAUCUCUACCAUAUAUGAAAUAACAAUAAACAACCGUUUUUAUUUCUUUCCAGUUUAUUUUAUCACCAUCAUAAUUACCAGUGCCAGCAAAAACAGGCAAUAACUGUUGCUCCCAGUAACUCUAAGCAACCACAAGUAUCUCUAUAGAGCCAAAGUGCUCCAGCCAGGCGCUGCUAGUUUUAGGUCGUAAACAACAAUGGCCGUAUGAACAUUUCAACCUAAAAAACGCGCAGCCUCUGAAUUGUGCACAUACAUGACGCUCAAUUCAAAAGGGCAUCGCCUCAUUUCAGGCAUCACAGUCGUUGGUUCAGAGCGCCAACGUAAAUGUAAGUAAAUAAAGUGAGGUGCACAGUGUCAAUGCAAGGUAGAGACACCGACUUUCUCAGGAGAUAGAACCCUCUUCCCCGGGCACAGUCCGUUUAAAUCCCACCACCUGGCUUCUGAAGUCACACCAGGCACAACCUCCCGUCCUGUUGGUGGACCUCAACCUCAUUUUACUUUACGUACAGUUCAUAGUGUUAAGAUAACAUUAGCAUGCUUACCGUUUUUGUCCUGCAGCAAUUAGAAGGUGCAGCAAAGCACCAGAAAAUCGCUCAUUCUGAUUGGCCCGUCUGCAUUCGUGCCGCAAACCCCUGUCCGAUCCUCGCUCUGAACCUGAAGUUACAAGGCGACGGUCGGGAGAGGCUGAGCAAACUCAAUUUAAGCUACUUCAAAGAAGUGGGCUGGAAGGGAUCUCGGAUUAAGAGAUUACAAUGUGCAGAGCCUUUGAGGAAGUGUGUGGGUAGAUGUGUAUAUAAUAUCCGUCUAUAUAUAUAUAUAUAUAUAUAUAUACAUAUGUUCAUAUAGACAGACUGUUGAGGUUGUCUUUUGGUCCCGGAGCUACUCAUUUGUCUUCAGCACUCGUUGCCACCUGAAUGUGAUGUGUCCUUUUAUUAACAAUUAACAGAUAAUACAAAAUAAAACCAUUUAAACUAUACUGCUGUUUUCUUUAUGCCCUCUAUAGAUGCAACACUUUUAGAUUAAUCCUUUGUCAAUGUUGGCUUUGAGUCAGAUGGUGAAUAUGUUUGUUUAAAGUUGGUGAUUUACAGCACUUGUGAUUUGUGUGUUGGUGAACAAUCAGCUCAUUCUUUUUAGGGAAGGAACUCAUUCACUCAAACUUGACAGACCCAAGUUUAGCUGCGAACAACAAAUUCCAGUUGCAGAUAAGAAGUAGUUGCCGUGUUAUCUUUUUCCCAGCCUGAGACCCUUUAAACAAGGCCAAACCCACGUCCAUGUGAACAUAGCACUUACGUUUUUAAAAAUGACUUAAUUUAUGAAGAUAU